ACGAAGUUAAGGCCACAAAUGGAUCAACUUUCUACGGAUAUUACUAUAGCUGUCGCUAAACAUGACUUUGUCAAAACAAAUUACCGGGACGUUAUACAAUCAUCUUUCAUGCUUCCUAUUGAUCAAGUAAUAUCACUCCACGAACAACAACAGUUCAAAGAAGCGUUUCCAUUAUUCCUGCAUCUAGCCCAAAAAGGCGACUCUCAAGCGUCUUAUUACGCAGGCCUUUAUCUAUACGAAGCAAGUUAUGGCAUUGAAAGAGAUGAGAUUGAAGCUUUACAAUUAUUUCAAAAAUCGGCAGUUGGCGGAGAUGUUAGAGGCCGGUAUAUGUACGCUAACGCCUGUCUCUACGGAUCCUAUUAUUCUCGAAGAGAAGGACUAAGAUAUCUUAAAAAGUCAGCAGAUAAAAACUAUGCAGAUUCUUUGUACAUGUUAUCUCAGAUAUAUUUAAAUGGAGAACAUGGAUGUGAAAUCGACAAUGAUAAAUAUGAGGAAUAUUUAACAAAGGCAUCUAAUAAUGGAUCCGAAAAGGCACAAAGAGAACUUGCAAUAUUGAAAAAAGAUAAGACGUAA